AUGCCUACCCUCGCGCUCACAAACUUCAAUAUCCUCGUAGGCUUGUUAGGUGGCUGGAUCUCGCUGUUCGGCCUGGUCUCAUACUUAUGCAAGGAGAACUACUACCUCUCCGAAGCUCUGAUAUCCCUCCUCGCGGGCGUGGCCUUCUCUCCUCCUGCAGCAAACCUCAUCAGACCGCUGGAAUAUGCCGGCACGGAAGAGGAUGUCGAGAGCGUCACCCUCGCCUUCUCACGCCUCGUCCUCGGCGUCGAGCUCGUCCUCGCCGGCGUUCAGCUGCCCAGCAGGUAUCUCCGCACGCAGUGGAAGCCCAUGGCCCUGCUGGUCGGCCCCGUCAUGACCUGCAUGUGGCUCGCAACGUCUCUCCUCGUCUGGGCCCUGGUGCCGCAUAUCCCCUUUUUGCACGCCCUCGCCGUCGGCGCCUGCGUGACGCCCACGGAUCCGGUGCUGUCCAACGUCAUCGUCAAGGGCCGCUUCGCAGACCACAACAUACCCACGGAGCUGCAGAAUCUCAUCAUCAGCGAGUCCGGCGCCAAUGAUGGGCUGGGAUACCCGUUUCUGUUCUUCGCCUUGUACCUAAUCAAGUACAUUGGUGACGGCGGCAAGCAGGUCUCUGGAGGCGCCGGCUUGGCGAUGGGGUUGUGGUUCGGUGAAACCUGGGGCUAUACCAUCAUCCUCAGCGUCAUCUACGGUGCCGUUGUGGGAUGGCUCGCAAAGACGCUGCUCAGAUGGGCCGAGAAGCGCAAAUAUGUUGACAGGGAGAGCUUCCUGGUCUUUGCAAUCUCCCUGGCGCUCUUCAUCGUCGGAACGUGCGGCAUGAUUGGCAGCGAUGACGUGCUCGCGUGCUUCAUCGCCGGCAACGCUUUUACGUGGGACGAUUGGUUCCGCUUGGAAACCGAAGACGACUCCUUCCAGCCAACGAUUGAUAUGCUCUUGAACGUCACCAUCUUCAUGUGGUACGGCGCCGUCAUCCCGUGGGACGAGUUCCUUCACAACAACGUGAUUCCCAUCUACCGUCUCAUCCCACUCGGCAUCUUGGUAUUGAUUUUGCGGCGCCUACCCUUCGUCUUCGCCAUCCACCGCUUCAUACCCCAGAUCGAGGAGGUGAAGCAAGCCAUCUUCGUGGGCUUCUUCGGCCCCAUUGGAGUGUCGGCCAUCUUUUACCUCUACGUCACAGUCGAGUUUCUGCACACGCUGAACGAGGGCGAUGAACCUCGUUCGGAUGUCGCUCACCUACCCGAGAUAGUCAGAGUCGUCGUCUGGUUCCUCGCAGUCUGUAGUAUAGUGGUACACGGGCUGAGCAUCCCGCUCGGCAAGCUCGGCUACUACGCUCCACGCUCGCUCUCUAGAGGCAUAUCUUUCAUGAGCGGCGAAGGCGACGGCGAGGGUCCCGAGGCCACUCGACCUUCGUUCCGCAUUCGUGGCAGAGUACUGUAUCCCUUUGGCCGUUCACGAUCCCAAGGUAUCGAAGCAGCGACAGGCUCGGGCUACGAUACCGAGUCGCGAGUACAGUCACAGUCACAACCCCAAUCCGACGCGGAAGGAGUCAAUAGGCCCAUCUACAGAAUCGGCGGCUCAGUCAUCCCUCCGCAGCCUGCGGGCGCGGACGAGCCGGGUGCGGCCCCUCCUUGGACGAAGCGGACCGAUCAACCGGAGCAGCAGAAACGUUCAGGCCCCGAAGACGGAGAACGCGUUAACGGUUCUCAGACAAAGGUGGCUGAUGAGCAACAGCAGGUGCAGACGCCACCGCCACCACCAGAGCUCCCAAGUCGUACAAUCCGGUUUCCGGACGAGACACCCGCAGCACCUCGGUGA